AUGGCUGGCACUAUCCAUUCCUGUGACUUCGACACUGAUAACUGCGGCUACCUAAGUCCAGUUAGCAAUGAUUUCGACUGGGAGAGAAAUUCAGGAUCCACAUCUUCCACUUCCACGGGACCCUCCUCUGACCACACGACAGGCAGUGGCCAUUACAUGUUCACAGAGGCCUCUGGCCCAAGUCUAGGUGACAUAGCAGCACUGCUGACCCCAACCAUUAACACUACCAGUGGUCAGGUGUGCGUCUCAUUUUGGUACCAUGCGUAUGGAGCAACGCUUGGUGAAUUACACAUGAGCGUUGUGACGUCAUCGGUUUAUAUGACGAGGGACUUUUCGUUUGAUGAUGGUACAUCAGAAAAUUUGUGGAAAUAUGUAGAAGCAUCUGCAAUGCUGACUGAGACUUCUUUUCAGGUCAAAUUCGACGGCAUACGGGGCAGCAAUUACUAUAGCGACAUAGCUAUUGAUGACGUCACCGUUAACGAUACGAUUUGUGCAGGUCAUGUAGGGUCUGUCAGCAACCUAGUCGUAACUGCGCACAACAACACGUCAGCAUCGCUUUCGUGGGACCCACCUACCAUAGGUUUGGACAGUCUUCAAAAUUUCAUAGUUGAGGCGUACGACUGCAUUUUUGCGGAAACACCACAGUUGACGAUGAAUGGAAUUACCCAGACAUACGCCACAGUGAGCGGGCUUAACCCAGAUAACAAUUACGUGUUUGCUGUAUACGCCAAUGGUACUAACAACCUAGCCAGACCGGCAAACGUUACACAAAGGAUUGUUAACAACCAGACAUUGCUGUUUAGCUGUGACUUUGACAAUGACAACUGUGGCAUUUGCGAUAUGGUGCAGGACAACACUGACGACUUUGACUGGAAAAGAAAUCAAGGAUCAACGCCGACUUCCUACACCGGCCCGAGUUCUGAUCACACUACAGGAAUAGCAAGCGGGCAAGGAGCGGGCUACUAUUUAUUUUUUGAGAGCACUAGCCCCGUCCUGGCCGACGAUCGGGCUAGAGUGACAACCCCAACUGUCAACACCACCAACACCCAAGCGUGUCUUUCAUUUUGGCUUCACGCCAAAGGCAGAUAUUUGGGCGUUUUUAAUGUAAGGAUUGUGACGUCAUCGGGGAUUGACAUCCAGUUUGAAGCAAUUGACACCGCCAAUGAUGAAAGUGAUUUUGCCAUCGACGAUAUUGUCAUCAUUGAUGGUUGGUGCGAAGGCCAUAGCAGCGGCAUUCGCAAUCCUGCGGUAACGUCUGCCAAUGAUAGCUCCGUGACCAUCCAGUGGACAGCGCCAUUACUGGGAAGUUCAGAUGUCCAACAGUAUACAAUCUUAGCGUAUCAGUGCAUGAAUAAGACGUCAGCAGAUCACGUGGUGUCUUCUAACUUCACUUCCGUAACUUUAACUGGACUGGCCCCCUACUCUAUGUGGACGUUCUCAAUACUUCCUGUGACGGCAGUGGCAAGUUUUCCAGAGACUGUUAAUAUCACAGGUUGGACACGGCCCCCUGACACUGCCCACGUGUGUAAUUUUGACUGUGACACGUGUGGGUACGUCCAGGCCACGGACGAUGAAAUGGAUUGGGUACUCAACUCUGGGUCCACGCCCACCUCUAGCACCGGGCCUACUGGUGAUCAUACCACCGGAAGCGGAAAUUACUUUUAUUUCGAGGUGGACGGAGGCUCUAAUGGUGAUAGCGCCCGCAUCAAGACGCCCCUCAUUAACGUUACUACCGGGUGGGCGUGUCUUUCGUUCUGGUAUCACGCCUACGGGAUCCACCUGGGGGAAAUGAGAAUCAGGAUAGUCAACGCUACCAAGAACACAACCACAAAAAUCGCAGACAUCAAUUCGAAUAACAAUGCUUGGGUCCAGUAUGAGGAAGUGGUGCCAAUGGGCUCUGCGCCAUUUUGGAUCGAAUUUGAAGCCCAAAGAGUGCAGUAUUCACAAGGUGACUUUGCUUUUGAUGACGUCAGUGUAUUGGACGGUUACUGUGAAGGUCACUGUGGGGAGAUAGCAGACCCUGUAUUCGUCACCAGCAGCAGUAAUACAGCCACCCUAUCGUGGACCGCUCCAGUUUUAGGAUCAGAAAACGUACAGUACUAUACAAUAGACGCUUUCAAGACCUGUGCUUUUGACAGAAGUCGAGGCAUACCUGAGAGUCCUGCGACCUCUUCGAAUGCCACGUCGUCCCCCGCCGUCAUAUCUGGACUGGAGUCGGGGACACACUACACCUUUGUCGUCACUCCUGUCUGCACCAACGCACAAACGUCUGUGAAUGUGACGGGGUGGACUCAGAACGAAAUAGGUUCCUGUAAUCAGAUUAUAGAGGACACGACCACAACGGGCUUUAUCACCUCUACAAACUUCCCGUCCAAUUACAACUCCAGUCAGGAAUGCACGUGGCUCUUCUUCGUGCCGGCAGACGGGACGCAGAACGUGGAACUGCGCUACGAGUCCUUCGCCGUUGAGGAUGGGUACGAUUUCGUCAAGAUAUACACUGAUAUCUGCGACUCUUCUCCCAAUCACACGGAUACCGGGGCCGUUGCCGCUAAUAAACUACUCCGUGCCGUCUCUGUCUUUGUCGUCGCAUUUGAGUCAGACCAUGACACCGAAGAAAGAGGAUUCAACCUGACAUUCGACACCAACUACAAUGCACUUUACAGAGAGCUAACAGGGAAGAUUGAGCCGGAAGGAUACCCGGUAACGUAUAACCCGAACAUGGACGAAACAUAUACCAUCCGUCCGUCACAGACCUUCCCUAAUACUGAAAUUCUUCUGAACUUCACUGAUUUUGACCUUCAAGACUCAUCGAAUUGUUCAAGUGAUUAUUUACAGGUUGUUGUAAAUUUCGCAGUUGUGACCACGUUCUGUGGCAAUUCCCUCCCCAAUGAGACGGCUCUUCUGGCGACGGAGGUUACUUUAGUGUUCCACUCCGACGGCAUCACACAGGGCAGAGGGUUCAGCGUCACCUUUACAGUCCGGGAAGCAAUCCAGACCACCACAGAGACGCUGACAACUACAGCAGAGGAAACAACCACUGAAGAUGUCACCACGGUUGAAGCUGUUACCACGACUGAGGCCAUGACCACCACUAUGGCUACUACCACUACUACUCAGAGCCCAGAGGAAAGUCUGAACCUUUUGGCCGGUCUAGAUCCACUAAAUAUGGCGCCAGAUGCCUUUGCGGGUGCCAUUUUGGCAGUAGCGGCAGGGUUUGCGAGCGACCCAAAUUCUAACGCAACAAAAAACGAAAGCGUCGUCAACGAACUUGCCAGGCAAAUGACGGCCACCCUACUUCUGUUUUCUACUGGAAAUGCUUCACUAAGUCCCAGUGUUGCUUCGGCCGUUACGGGAGGACUUGCAGUAAUUCCUGUAGCGGAUGAGAAUGCCGCUUCUGAUAUGCUCAUAGCUGGGACAAACUUUGUUGCGAAGCUUACGGGAACUGUCGGCGAAAUGACAAGUUCUGCAGAAAAUCUUCUGACAGCCACGGGAAACGUCCUAGGAAGUAAAGAAUCUUCAUCCUCUUCAAGUUCAACUUCGUCUAGAAAAAGAAGAAGCACAGACUUAGCGAGGGAAAAGGCAGACGCAGACAAAACGGAGGGCCUGGUCGACGGAUUAGGUGGCAAAAUGGCGAACGGGAUGAACGCGUCGUCUGCUCCUGUCACCAUAUCUAACACCCAGGUCUCCCUGGGGGUUCAGAAGUCCGACUCUAGCUCCCUGUCUGGUCAGAACAUCAGUAAUUCCAUGUCCAGUGUUGAGAUGCCUAGCGUCAACAGUUCGGGAAACGUGGCGGUCAAAAUCGGAUCAUUUAAGAAGUCACCAAAAAGUUACUCAGACAACGCCAAUGACGUCAACUCAGCGAGCGUCAACCUUGACGUCAGAGACGACAACGGUGUGCCCGCAGCGCCAUCUACACCAGUCACUAUCGCCAUGUCCAGUGGUCGAACAGAGCCCCUCCAACAGAACAAUGUUACCAAUCCAAACGGCAGCACGACAUACAUUAACUAUAAGGUGUCGUCCCCGACGGCGUCAGUGUUCUUUGAUAUAACCAAAGGUAACCCAAGCACCAACUACACUGUGUUGGGGCAGUAUGGCUCUAAACCGAACGCGACAAAUUAUAUCUUCAGGACAGUGUCAGGCCCAAAUGAUGGAGCUGUUAUAAAUAUUAUUAUCCCUUCCUAUACUAACGCUACUUCUUCGACGGCAAAACGGCGCAGGAGAUCGACAAGCACCACCGUGGAUUUAUUUAUAGCAGUAACUGAAGCCCAAGAAAACGGUACCGUGAAUGCGUCAUCGUCGUUCUCCUAUCAGGCCAUGGCCGUGGACCCCCGGAUGUGGAAUGCUGCCACCAAUAGCUGGGAGUCUGAUCCCGGACUUGAGAUAUCAUCUGAUUCUACCCCGGAGAAGGUGGUGUUCAAGAGCAACUUUUUUGGUUCAUUUGCUGCGGGAUUGUUCGAACCACCGAACACUAUCGACUUCGAGGCUGUAUUUGCCAACUUCGGAGAACGUCUCCUUGACAACGCAUACGUUUUUGGUUUCCUGAUUGCUCUGAUUGUCAUUUAUAUCCUGACCAUUUUCUACUGCCGAUGGAAAGAUAAAAAAGAUAAAGAGUUGUGGGCCUAUGCUCCCCUAACAGAUAAUCGACCCAAAGACUCGUACUAUUACCGCAUCAGUGUGCAGACUGCUGUGCGUUCCGUUUCACGGUGCUCCGCAAACAUAUUUUUCAUUUUACACGGAGAAAACGGAAAGACAAGACCGCGUCAUCUAGCGGACGGGGAAAGAAAGUGUUUUGGAAACGGAUCCACCAACAACUUUACCAUGGCGGUCCCUAAAUAUCUGGGCCGACUGAAAUAUAUGCAAGUUUGGAUAGACGACACGGGCCCAUCUCCCCAUUGGUUACCGAAUAAGGUCAUCAUGUACGAUAUUCAGGAGCGUAAAAGGUUCUACUUUAUGGGAAGCCGUUGGCUGUCGGCGACCAAGUCAGACAAAAGAACAAACAGAUUACUGAAGAGUCAGACAGAGGAUGAGUUUAGGGACUUCAACGCUCUUUUCAGCGAAAACGCCUCCAAGAAUUUCUUUGACGAUCACCUCUGGGUAUCCAUAUUCAGCCGCCCUACUACUAGCAGGUUCACUCGUGUGCAGCGUCUGUCGGUGAGCGUGGCCCUAUUGUUCUUGGGUAUGAUAACCAAUGCCAUGUUCUACAGGGGAGACGACGAAGGAUCGUCUUCAAGUGGCCUGCAAAUCGGGCCUAUUACCAUCACAUUCAGACAGAUAUGGGUUGGACUUGUCGGCGCCUUGAUUGUCCUGCCACCAGCUGUGAUAAUGAUCGAGAUAUUCCGUCGGUCUCGGGAAAGAAAGCGCUCUAAGAUUCCAGCAUGGACCGUCGUAGCUGAGGCAAACAUCAACUCUUCUGGUCCUCGUAUUGGACUUGAGGGGAGCAAGUGUGAUCUCUCGGGCGAUUUGAAGAAACACAGUUGUGAAAAUGUCAACGAGGUCGAUGGAUUAUCAGGGAAGGGCUCUGAUGAGGGAAUUGGUAGUUUAGGUGGUUUGGGGUCACAAAAAGAUUUACAGCCAGUGGCCACUGUGUCUGACAUCCACAUUCCAUACACAUCUCCGGCCUUGCCGCCUCAAUAUCAGGAUAUCUAUUACGACAAGACGGAAGGCAGUGAUGACACGGACCUGUUAAUGGCAUUCGCACUCCAGCCUUCAUCAAACGAAGAUUUUAUGAAUACAUUGGAUCAUCUCGAUGAAUCGAAGAAAAAGAAGAAACCAAAAGGGCCACUGACUUUGCCCUGGGGAUUCGUGAUUAUCGGGUACAUUAUUGUGUUUUUGUCUAUUGCGGCCUCGGCUUUCUUUACACUCCUGUACAGCCUUCAGUGGGGGAAGGAGAAGUCGCUUGGCUGGUUGCUGUCCAUGUUCUUUACCAUAGUGCAGUCUUUGAUACUGGUACAGCCAGUAAAGGUUGUGCUGAUGGCCGUGGUGUUUUCCUGCUUUAUGAAGUUACCAGCUGUAGAGGAUGAAGAUGACGUAAACAUGGAUGACGUCACAGUGUUGAGGUCAACGCCUCUCCCUGUUCCCGUGACGAUCAUUGUCCCACGUAAUCUGGAGUCUCCAGAUGACGCCCCAGACGACGUGGAAAUAAGACAGAAGAAAAUAAAGCUAGAAGAGAAGAUGAUGUCCAACUUCAAAAGCAUCUUUGUUCACCUCGUCCAUCUUUGUUUACUGCUGAUCAUAGCGUUCAGCAAUAGGGACGACAACUUCUUCUUACAGAACGAAGCACUAGUUGUGCUGAUGGCCGUGGUGUUUUCCUGCUUUAUGAAGUUACCAGCUGUAGAGGAUGAAGAUGACGUAAACAUGGAUGACGUCACAGUGUUGAGGUCAACGCCUCUCCCUGUUCCCGUGACGAUCAUUGUCCCACGUAAUCUGGAGUCUCCAGAUGACGCCCCAGACGACGUGGAAAUAAGACAGAAGAAAAUAAAGCUAGAAGAGAAGAUGAUGUCCAACUUCAAAAGCAUCUUUGUUCACCUCGUCCAUCUUUGUUUACUGCUGAUCAUCGCGUUCAGCAAUAGGGACGACAACUUCUUCUUACAGAACGAAGCACUAGUAAAAGGAUUGUCCUUGGAGGACACAUCGUUUGGUAAACUCGAUGACCUUUGGCCGUGGUUGACGGACACCAUUGUCCCCGAGGUUUUCCCGACGACUGAGUACAACAGUGACGCCCUGUCCACGUACGACCUUCAGUUCAUCAGCAUUCUAUGUGGACUACGUCUGGGACCUUUGCGCGUGCGCCAAGUUAGAGCAAAUAAACGGACAUGUAAUGUGGUGCCCCCUAUGGAUAACCUUACAACCGCCUGCAGUGCACCCUGGUAUUCAGAACAGUCACCAACUAGUAACUUCACAGAAGCCUGGGCAGAAGUGAACACCACAAUUGGUGACGUAGUUCCGGUCGGGUUUGACUACAAGGUACAGAACACCCCCAACGACUACUAUCAGACGGGCAUGUUUGGGAGUUACCAACCGAGUGGAUAUUUGGUUGAUGUCAACUCAGAUUCGGAGGCAAUAACAGUGUUCAACCAACUGAAGCAGAACAAUUGGCUAGAUAAAUACACGCGUGCUGUCUUCGUGGAGUUUACCAUCAACAAUGCGUUUGUUAAUGUGUUCACCAUGGUGCGGUUGAUAGUCGAGUUUCCCGUCACUGGGGGAAUAUUCUUCACACACAAGGAGACCAGUUUUAGACCAUAUCCGUACGUUGAGGCUUUUGAUUUCAUUUUGCUGGUCAUUCAAGUGAUAUGGGCAAUAUUCGUCAUCUAUUUCUUCAUUGCAGCCAUGAUACGGGCGGUGAAAACGAAAGGAAAGUGUUUCAAAGACAUGUGGUUCUUGCUGGAAUUUUUCGACUGCCUUUUUGCGUUCGCCAGCAUGGCAUUUUUUAUACUGCGGACAUUCCGAUUGAUUCAGGUUGUGGAGGAAGUGAAAAAUAAUAUAGGAAAAUUUGUUCCAUUUGACCGCGUCACUUUCUGGGACGAGGCUUAUACGGCCUGCAUUGCAACGGAUACUUUCCUUGUCUUGAUGCAACUUUUCAAGCCCAUGGCCUUUGUCGAACAGCUAGCUGUCCUGAAAUAUGCCCUGGUCAAGAGUUUUACGCGCGUCCUCCUCUAUAUGGUCAUCUUCAUCCUCCUCUUAUAUAGUUUUGCAGUAUCGCUGAACUUUAUGAGCGGGGACUACAUGUGGGUUUUCAGGGACGUCCCGCACGCUAUCUAUAACUUAUUCGGCGUCAUGAUUGGACUUGUAAAGUACGAUGACGUUAAGGAAGACGAUUCUUUCAUCAUUGUGCUGGUGUUUUUGGCAUUUACGUCGAGCAUGAAUUUCAUUUUACUGAAUUUGUUCAUAUCAAUCAUCAACGAUACUGUCACCGAGGCGAAAGAAGAUGACAAUUCAGACAUGUUUGACAGGGAAUUGAACGAGCAUCUCAACGAGAAACUGCGAGACAUGUUUGGAAAGAAAGAGGAGCAAGAGAAAAAGGCCGUCACUUUUGAAAGUACCUUAAGCAUUAAGAGCAAGGUUCAUCCAGCGCCCCCAGCUAUUGUUAUCUCAGACUAUGAACAGAAUGACGCUCCAAAAUCAGAAGCCCCACCAGAGGCCACCGUGCAGCAAGAUGGUACAAACUCUGGUGCCUUGAACUCAUUACAGCCUGAGAAACCGGUUAAAGCGGGAAAUAAAAAAGCCGUUGACGUCAAAAGCACUCUUGGGAAAUCAUUCCUUGUUGCAAAAUACCACGGUAACAACGGAAAGCGAGGAAAAUACGACAAGUCGGUCACUGCCGCUUUGGACCUGGCUUAUCUGAUGGAGAAGAGCUUCAACUGUUGCGUCCAAACGCUGGAAGCCGAACUGCAAGACACAAGAAACGAGAUAGAAAUCCGAAAGCGGGAAAACACGAAGUUGCGCGACCAGCUCGCCAAGGCACAAAACGUCAUAGCCCAGACCAGACAAACGAUUGCUGGCAUUAAAACCAACAUGCGGAAGAUGAUCCAGGGGGAGCUGCGAAGACUCAGCGUCGAGGGCGUUCAAAGUGACCAAAUAAAAGGCGAACUGAUCACUCGGGUUGAGAAGAAAUAUGAGGCGCUAACAAAAUACCGAAACCGUCCAGAAGCAUGGACACUUAUCAGUUUGCGGAAUAGACAGAACGAAUUCCUAGCGUUUGCUAAGGCAAUACCUGGAUUAUUUGACGAAAAUGACGUCACGGUAGAGGAAGAAGACCCCGCCAUUAUCAUUGGAAGAGCAGGCUGUAGUGACGUGAAAGGGGUCAUAGGUCAGGUGAUCGCCUUAAAAAGAGCAGAGGAUUUUGACUACGAGGAGAAGUUGUUUCUCGGAAUACCGAUAUUAGGAAAAACAAAGUUGACUUCUUCCGGUGUGUCACUGCGAGCGUCCUAUGACGAAUCCGGGGAAUUCUGGGAAACGACUCCGCACAAGAUUUCUAAAGUCAAAAUUGAUGACAAGCCGUUCCAGUGCAUAUAUGGAGUCUUUAAUGGCAUCCCUAACCGUUUUGCUGCGGUACAUUUAUACGACAGGCAAAGCUUUAAGAUUUCACCAGCAGGGGGAGUUGUUACCCCAACAGAUGAAAAGGACUUCAUAAUGACAUUUGAGCAGAAGACGUUUUCUGAGACGAGCGAUGUGUCACUUCAGGCUGUGCCUCUCUCUGAACAUCUAACCUAUCCCAGUGAUAAAAAGGGACUGUACAUAUUAUUUGAAAGAAAAACAUUUUUAGAGACUGCAAACGUAUCCAUACAGGUAAUAUGA